AUGACCAGCUCACUGUUUGAUGUAUAUCCCUGUAUAACGGAUAAAGUACAGGGUGUCCCACAAUGUGGGCCCGAUGCGCUGGAGUCUACCCUAUCAUUUAUCCGGUCAACCACUGGCAACACUGUUGAUGCGUUUUGUAGCGAUUAUACCGAUGGUUCGGAUAAAUGUGCUAAACUAGAUCGACCACCAAAAAAACUAAAAUCUCAACGCCGAUCAAGGUCGUUUGCCAUUCCGUUUAUUGCUGCCGUUAGGAGUAUACCUGAAGCUUAA